AUGUUUUUUUUUAAUAAAUAACCUUAAAGAAACAGUGAUGAACAGUGUUCAUUAAGAAGAUUAUAAAUUGACAUGUAAGAUUAGAAAUUAGGAGAAUUAAAUGAUGAUACUUGUGAAAUUGCAAUGAAAAUGGAUCAAAAUAUAUUGAAAAUUUCAAUGACUCCUCAAAUUGGAUUUUAUAGAAAUAGAAAUUAUUUAGUAAGAUUUAUUUUUAUUUUAAGUUUCUCCUAGAUUUUAGAAUAAAAUAUCCAAUCCUCCCUCCGAGGAUAUAGACUGAAUCUGAUACUCUACAUCCAAACAUAGAUAGAAGGGAUAAAAAAUUUUACUUAAGAUUAUUAGAAUAAUAGAAUUGGAAACCAAUAUAUGGGUAUAUUUUGAUAAUAAAUAUAGAUUAACUGAAAUUGUUAAAGAAAUGAAAUAGACAUUGAUUCAUGUGGAUUUCACAUGCAUCCCAAAUGAAACUACCUCUCUUAUUAUGGCAUAACAGAUUCUGAAUUAAAAUCAAAAUAAUGAUGAAUAUGAAUUAAAUAAUGAUUAGAAUUAUGAUACAGAAACUAAUGAUUUUGAAAUUAGUAAAAUUUUUAAGAUUAAUUUUGAAAUUGAAGAUAAUGAAUAAUAAAAUUAAGAAUCUUAAUAUGACUCUAAUUAUAUUUUUUAUAAAGAACCAAAUACAAUUAAUUUAUAAAAGACUUCAAAUCGUAGAUAAAAUGAUAAUAUAUUUUUUAUAAAAAUUAAAAAUUGA